GUCUGCUGGAUUUUCGUGCGUAGAACAAGACGCCGACUAGCGACGUGGGUAGAAGCGGAAAAGGGGGAAGUUUUGUUUAGAUAUUUUGGAAUAAUUCGCUGAGAAUAUUGACUUCCUGACCGUGGACCACAUGUUAGCUGACGCAAAAACGCUAAAAGUCGCGCAGGUGUUAAGUUAACGGAUGAGUUUGAGCUUGAAACUCUUGUUUUGUUCGUAGUAGGCUAACGGAGCGGCUGUCCGUUUCGUCCUGACCGUCUCCGAAGCGCUCUAACCCGUAACUUCUCACGUAAUGGGCCGCGGAAAUGGGCCCGUUGGAGGCAGACCACCCAUCGGUCCCCCGGGAGAAGAAGGCCCUCCUUUUGGCAUGGGACCACCGGGCUGGGGCCCACCUGGCGGAUGGGGCCCGCGACCUCCUGGUGGUUGGGGCCCGCGACCUCCUGGCGGUUGGGGUCCUCCACCUGGAGGCUGGGGACCUGAGCCUGAUGAAUGGGGCCCCCCACCUCCACACUGGGGCCCAGGAGGACCCCGUCAUCCACAUUGGGGCCCAAGGGGACCCCCACACCCUGACUGGGAUCCACGGGGUCCCCCACACCCUGACUGGGAUCCAAGAGGGCCUCCACCUCCUGACUGGGAUCCAAGAGGGCCUCCACCACCUGGCUGGGAUCAAAGAGGACCCCCACCACCUGGUUGGGGGCCCUAUCCAGAAGACUGGGUGCCCCCUCCAGAGUGGGAAUGUGGCCCCCAUUGGAGACCAGGAAUGCCUAGCUGGGGUCCGGGGGGUCCCCCUGAACCCUGGGGACCUGAGCCAGCUCUAUCUCCACCUGUUCCUCCUCCAGGUAUUCCCCCUCCCCCUCCCGUUGGGAUCCCCCCUCCUAUUGGGAUCCCCCCUGCUGCUGCUGUUGGGGUCCCUCCACCAGACCCAGCUGCCAUUCCGCCUCCAGCCUGCAUGCCUCCGUUUGGGUUCCCAGCCUAUCCUCCCCCCAAUUGGACUGGCGAGCCGAUUGUGGAGGAACCGCUGCCGAACCCGCCUCCGGACCAGCCUGAAUGGAUAAAGGCACUGAUUUCUGCUCCACCUGGGGAUUCAACUCCUGCUGAGACUAAAAAAUCCUCGGAAGCGCCCUCUGUCACCCCGGCUCCCGAGACCAUUCCCACCCCCACCCCGGCUCCCGAGCCCACUCCUGCAGAACGAGAAGUGAAGAAGACAGCUAAAACUCUGGGCCUGCUUGGAAAACGCACGUUUGAUAAGCCUCCUCCUGGCAGAUCCACGGGGAUCAUCUCUUUCAUCGGGCCGACGUUUGGCACUAUUGAGAGGGAAGACCUGGAGAAGUUCACCUUCAGCUUUGACGUGUUCUUUGGAAACCCUAAAGCCAUGACGCCUGGUGUCCGGGUCCACUUCACCGCCUGUAAAGAGAAGAACCGUUCUGUGGCUACGGAUGUGAAAGUGGCUCCAGGGGGAACAGAGAACGUGGACCCAGAGAUCUAUGAAGCUGUGGUCGUUCAGCCCAUCAAUGAGCCUCAGCCCGGUGAGCGCUUGUACCCAGGCCAGGUGAACGUCGUCAUCGGCAUGGUGAGGACCAACCUGCCAUUUGAGAAGAAGGACAGCACGGUGACACUGCUGAAGAACGACCUGGUGCUCAUAAACCUGCUGACCGACAUCGUGACAGAGAAACGGAGAGCCACCAACAUCAAGCCCAAGAUUCCAGCCACCUUUGGCUCCACCAACGAGAUCCGUGAGAAGGGUGUCAUCUUCAGUUUGAACGAGAGCGAAGGCGUAAUCAAGUCCAAUCAACACGACCUGCUUCCAUUUGACCCCAAGGAGAACUUCAGCGACAUUGAGUUUACCGAGGAGGAUAUCAACGAGGAGGUGGACUUCACAGUCAUCAUGAUGAAGGGGGGGAAGCACGCCGUCAGGCUCAAGCGAGUGAAAGAGCCCCUCCUCCUGACACUCUGCUGCUCCUCCAGUGACAGUCAGGAGGACAAAAGCGCCAGCAAUGACAACACCUCAAAAGCCCCCAAAACGAGAAGCAUAACCCAAACCGAGGUGCCCCCCAACAUGGUGCUGGACCAGGAGCUGUACGAGGGUGUCGUCAGUCAGACCAUCAUUGAGCCCAAGGAUGGUGUUCCUGGUUAUCCGGGUCAGAUCCAUGCCAACAUUGGUCCCAUCAAGACCAAUGUGACAUUCGACCACCGGGACUGCGGCGUGACGCUGCUGAAGAACGACCACGUCCUCAUCAACCUGCUGGUUAAUACAAAGACCAACAGGCGGCGGGCGGCCAACAUCAGACCCAAAAUUCCUUUCACCUUCAGCUACACCAAGGAGACCCGAGAGCUGGGCGUCAUCUCAUCUCUGGGCUCAGAGGAGGGCAUCAUCAAGUCUGACCAGCAUGGGGAGAUUCCCUUCGACAUUGCCGAGAACUUUAGCGACACAGAAUUCGGUGAUCGGGAUGUUGGCAAAGAGGUGGAGUUCACCACUACCAUGGUGAUGUCCAACAAGAGGGCCAUCAGACUGAGGAGGAUGAAAAACAUGGAGGAUCAAAUCCUGCGUGAGCAGAAGAAACGGGAGGAGGAGGAGAGGAGAAAACAAGAGGAGGACAGAAGGAGGAAGGAGGAGUGUGAGAGAGAAUCUGAGAAGAAGAAGGAGGAAGUGGCUGCAGCGCUGGCAGCUGCUAAGGACAAGUGGACACCAUUAGGCUUCCACGUCAGAGUUCCCGACUCAAAGUACGAAAUCAGUAAGGAGCGCUUUGAAGGCACAGUGCUGAGAGCCGUUUCUAGAACUCUCAAGACCAAGGUGCCGGAGGACAAAGAAGCUGCCGCAGACGGACCUGCACUGCUGAAGGUGAAAAUAAAAGAAGAGCCAAUGGAUGAAAAGGAGCAGGAGGAGAUGCAGGACAAGGAGAUAAAGGAAGAGAGCGGUGCUGAGGUGACUGAGCCUGCUAAAGAGCCAGCAGAUGCAGAGAGGGGUCAGCUGGUGAUGACCGUCGAUGGUGGACAGAAGAAACUUAACUUUGGCCCUAAAGACUUGCUGACCAUGGCCACCAUGCUGGCUGGAGACAAGGUGCGUUUUAACAUCGCCACCCACCAGGAGACCAAAGAAGAGCGUGCAACUUUUGUAGAAAUUCUUUCAAACUCCUUUGAAGAGUCCCCUGAGCAACGCCAACACGGAAUUGUGAUCGAGUUCUCAGAGGGGUCGGGACUCAUCAAGUGCUCCCAGAACCCUCAGCUCUACUUCCACAUGUCAGAGGUGAUGGAGAAGAAGAAGCUGGAGCUGAAUGAGAAGGUUGUGUUCAGCAUUGUUCCGCAUGAAACCGCCGAAGGAGGACAACAGGCCAUCAGGGUAAAACGUUUCAGCGAAAAGGUUUUCCUCCCCGCCCGGAAGCUUGGUGGUGUGAGCAAAGGAAAGAUGACCAUCAAACUGACAAAACCAUCUGAAGACGGAAAACUCGAGGCUGACAAGCUGAAGGCAGUUGUGAAAAAUUUAAGAAAGGAUUACAGCAUCACUCGGCGUAAAUCCACUCGGAGUCGGAGUCAAAGCAAGAGUCAAAGCAGAAGCAGAAGCAGGAGCAGGAGCAGGAGUCGAAGCAGGAGCCGGAGUAGGGCAAGAAGUACAAGUCCACCUAGAGACAAGUUUGGGCGUCUCAUCAAAAGAAAACGUAGCACUAGCCCGGAGCGCAAGAGUAGCAGGUACAGACCGAGCGGAGAGAGGUCACACAGGCGCAUCAGGAGCUGCUCCAGGAGUCGCAGCAAAAGUAGCAGUCGUAGCAGGAGCAGGGAAAGGAGCAAAGACAGGUUCACAAGGAAAAGGAGCAAAACCAGCAGAGAGCGUGAAGACCAGAGGAGGAGAGAACUGACUCCUCCGCACCGACAAGGUGGAGUAGUGGAUAGUGAGCUGGCAAGGAAGAAACGAGAACUGGAGGAGCUAAAUGAGAUGAUCGCCUAUAAAAAGUCCUUGGUGGAUUUGGACCCAAGAGCACUGGAGCCUGGAAAGAGGACCUGCAUAGACUAUGACCAUGGCAGGAUCACCAUGCCACUUACUGAAUACAAACCAGUCCGGUCUAUUCUGAAGAAGCGUCCAGAAGAACCAGGGUACCAUCAGCCCCCGUACAAUGACCCGUAUUAUGAGCAACCAUACAGUCCUUACCAAGGCCGGUAUGGAGAGUGCUAUAGUGACCCAUAUGCUGGGCAUCCUUACUCCGAGCGGCCUUAUGGUGACCGUCUUUAUAGUCAUCGCUAUGAAGAGCCUCCCUAUGGUAGACCACCUUCCUCUAGCCACUGCUACACUGAUCGCUAUAAUGUCUACGAUGAGCCCUAUGAUGACCAGUACUAUGACCCAGCAGAUGGAGACAGGCCAUAUGAUCCAUAUUCCCUAGUUAAAGAAGGUCCGUCUACAGAGCCUCACGGUUCUUCACCACCUUCGCGGUCUGGCCGGGUUCCUGGUGGUUCUGCCAGACCCCCUUUGACUCAUUCAGCUGACACCUCCUCCUCCCACUCAUCGUACAGACCUCCUUCUCCUAUUGAUUCACCUCCUAGAACCCCUUCUCCUAAGCGGAAGGCAGCAACCCAAUCUCCUCCAACAGAAAAACCACCCCUGGACCGUUUUCUUGACAUGCUUACUAAAAAGGUGGUUGCUGAGAAAAAACCUGGACCAACUUCUGUUACAGAUGACCUUCUGCCUCAUGAACGUGCUCUUCAGGAUGGUAAGGGCUUCUCUCGGAUUGUAGGAUUGGCUCAAGAGCCACCAAGCAGCAGCCUUGCUAAAGAGGAGAAGGAGAGACUAAGCCCUAAACGGUCUUCAGCUGAGAGAGCAGGUAAAGAACAAAAGACAGAACCCUAUGGUAAGAUUGAGAGUCUGCUGCGUUCGAUUGGCUUGAAACUGAGUUCUGGAGAAGUUUCCAAACUGGCCAGCAAAGCUCAGGAGACAAUCUUAAGUACCAGGUCUUCGUCCACUGAAAAGGAAACCUUUUCUUCUGCAAGGGAAGAGCGGAGGGCCAGCAGAACUGGGUCAGUGGAACUAGAUCACCUUCGUUCUCUCUCUCCUGCCAGAUCUUCCAGUCUGGAGCCACUCAGCAGACAGAAACCUGCCAUAACAAAGUAUGAGGAAUUCCUAGACCAGCAAGACUUGGAGACGCUAAAGAAGACUCAACUGCAGAGUUUAAAGAAGACCAUACCAUCUACCACCUUGUCCCCAAAACCACCUCCUGGUCCACCACCAGCUCAUUAUCAGCAUCCAUCACCCCCUCUGAACUGGCCACUUGGCAUCACCUCUCAGACAUCUGCACCUCACUCCUCCAAAUCAAGUAUUGGGACCUCUGACCAUUCUGCAGCUGCUCAACCACAACAAAAACUGGGUUUCCCUCCAGGACCUCCCCCUGGCCCACCUCCACGACGUUCUUCCCAGCAACCUCCAGGACCUCCUCCUGGACCACCACCACAACGUCCUCCAGGACAACCUCCUUUCUCUCUGCCUUUAAUUGGUAAACCUAAUCCGUCUCCACCUCCCAGUUCUUCCAGUUCGUCACAUCUUUCACCCACUGCAAUGGUACCACCACCGCCAAAGGCAGCAACAUCAAGCUCUGCAAGUUCUGACCAGUCGGCCAUCUCUACAACUGUGGCCCGAUGCCUAAAGGUGAUUGAGACAGUGAAAUCUCUGAGUGUGCAACCAUUGGCCAAACAGGGUAAAUCGGUGCAGUUCAGUUUACCGACUGAGCCUGUACCAUCUAUCGGUCCGCUGACCCCGGCAGACACAGAAAAUGAAAUAAAGGCCAAGCAGAAGGAGAAGCUGGAUUUGUAUAAUCAGAGGCUUAUGGAAAAAAGAGAACAGCAGUACAAAGAGAUGCUGUCUCGCAAGAAGCAAGCUGAGAAGAACAACGAUGGCUCACAGGUCCCACUAGAUAAGCCACUUAGCGAGCCCAAGAAUGUCUGGAUUUGUGGUCAUUCACUUAUCUAUUGGGCUGAGUCACGAGCCAAGUCUCCAGAGGUAGGUAUGCAGCUGGGCAUGGACCCUAGCAAGGUGACCAUCUGGUGGAAGGGCACCCAGGGCAUGACGUGGUCUCAGUUGUUACCCCAGCUCCACCAGCUAAAGAUCACCUGGCCAAACCCUGAGGUUCUUAUCAUUCACCUGGGUGGCAAUGACCUGAGCACAGAGAGCCCAACUAACCUGCUGGCCUCCGUCAAGAAGGAUAUGACCUCUAUUAGAAGCAUCUUCCCACGCUGUGUCCUGGUGUGGUCCAACAUUCUUCCUCGAAGGGUGUGGCGCCACUCGUCGGACAGCCAUGAGGUUGAUCUGGUGCGCACGACUGUGAAUCGUAGAAUUCAGAACAUCAUGUCUGAGCUGGGUGGCAUCUCACUGAGUCAUGAUAACAUUCGAUGCGGCACAAACACAGGCCUGUAUCGGGGCGAUGGAAUCCGCUUGUCUCCUAAAGGGAUUGAUGUCUUCAAUUUGAAUUUGCAGGAGUUUCUAGAAAAGUGGGAGCUGGAUGUGAAUUCUGAGUAGCGUUCAAAGGAGAAACGUCACCCUUUUGUUGAUUGUGCAUUUUAAUGUCUGAGAUAGCGAGUCAUUUUUAUUAGACUAAAAAUCUUGCUUUGUGUUAGUUUGUGUAACAACUUAAACAUCAAGUUUCUGACCGCAGAAAAGGUAAUUCUCUUUACAUGUUUUGUUAAAUAUAACUUUUGCUGCUGUUUUCCAUCAAUUUUGUGGCAACAGCUUAAUAUUUCAGCCAGAAAAAACUUGUUUUUUCUUGACAAAAUAAAUAAUAAGAAAACAUUUUGAGAAUCUAAUUGUAUUUUCCAUAGUUUGUUUUUUUUCUGAAAGGAUGUUCACAUGGAAGUCAUUAAAACAAGAUGUUAGUGUCCAAAA